AUGGCCUGCCAAAUUCUCAGCGGAUUUUCUCUAAGUGAGGAACUGGCUGCGGCCGUCUCCGAACUUCUCAGUUCGCGCAACGUCCCAAAUGCCUUGUGGGGCAACUUUCUGCUCAUUGUUUAUGGCAUACCAUCUCUCUCCAACGUGAGCUUAGAUAUUGGCUUUGUGAUACCGGAUGAUAAAAUACCUACUGCACGGAAGAUAAUCAGCAAUAACACAGAUCUAGAUGCCUGUCAAGACCAGGACUGCUCCAUUAUCUGUCUUGGAAGUCACCCCAAGCCUAAAUUACACUUCCACCUUCAGCAGAAGGAUUUAUGCAUUGCAUUUUAUUCACAAUCAUUCGUUCUUCCAAAUAUUCACGACAUGACAGAUUGCGGCAAUGCCUUCAUCUCUGCCUCCGACCCAUGUCUCCCUCGAUAUCAACUGGGGUAUGGGAAGGGGGCUUUCUCUUCUAAAUAUCAAUCUGUCCGCAUUCCAUCCCCUUUCCGUUCUCAUGAUAGCUACUACAUAAGCUGGAUGGCCUAUAUGCUCGAGUAUGUUCAUCUUCGGGGUUUUUUUGAUUUAUCGGUGUUGCCAGGAGCAGAAAGGGAGUUUCUAGAAGAUGUAUUAUUGAAAGGUAAUUGUUCGGUGGCCGCUGGGAGAGAAAAAUUAAUGGCAUCUGAUAUUUGA